AUGACGAUUAUUGAUUUUCUGUUUCUUUUUGCAGUAAGUGUUACUUUAUGGCAUUCUGUUCAGAGCACCACCAUUGCCAGGAGUAGAGGUCGGCGACGGAACAGUAGGCGGAGCCAGUGGAGAGUAGUCGAUGCCAUAGCAGGUGGUGAAGCUCUAAUGGACAGAGAGAGAGAGUCACGUCCCCCGGAGCAAGGGACAAAGACGAUGUUGAAGUCGAAAGAGUUGCCACAGUGGGCGAAUGAGCUGAUUUUGGCGAGGAGGCCGGCGGCAACUUGGUUGGCGAAGAGGUCAGUGCAACACCGGGAUUUCGAAGGUAAAUUUCUGCAGAAGUUCGAUGGGCUUUUCAAAAUUUCGUUUAUUUUUAAUGAGAACGCUGAUGAGGAUCCUGAGGUUAGGGUUUUUGUGAAGGAUGAAAGGUCGAUUGAGAAGAAAGUGAGAGAGGUUAUGUUGGCUAAGGGGAGACCAAUUGUGUUGGAGAAGGUGAGGUUGUAUGUACAGAGUAGUAUGGCGAAGGGUGAUUUGGAGGUCAUAGGGUGGAGCCAAAGACUAAUCAAUCGGCUCCACUUGCGGCAGCCAUGA